AUGAAGUUUUUUGGGUUUGUUGUCUUGACGGGCUUGACCGUGCUAGAAGUUCUAGCUGCACCUCCUUUUCAUGCAUCGCAAGGUGCUGGCUCUCAGAAGUCGAAACGUAGCAUCCCGGAUACGCAUGUUCAACAUGAGAAGCGAACGACAGUGCAGGCGAGGUCCUGGACGCUUGUCCAAAGGGCCGUUCCCGAUGCCAUCCUACCCAUGCGCAUAGGCUUGAAGCAGAAGAAUCUUCAAUCUGGACAUGAUCUAUUAAUGGAAAUAUCGAACCCCGAAUCCAAGAACUAUGGCAAACACCUGUCUGCAGAAGAGGUCAUUAAGCUGUUCGAGCCGGCGGAAUCAAGCGUUAAAACCGUGAAAGAUUGGCUUGUCGAAGCGGGCAUUCCCUCGCAUACCAUCUCGCAGUCUAGCAACAAGCAAUGGAUUCAAUUCGAUGCUCCCGUCAAAGAGGUAGAGGACGUCUUGAUGACAGACUACCAUGUUUGGGAACACAUAGACACAGGUGUCAAGAACAUCGCCUGUGAGGAAUACCACGUACCCAAGGAAGUAAAAGAACACAUUGACUACAUCACCCCCGGCAUAAAACUGAUGGGCUACGGAAAUACGCAAGACCCCCCGUCGAAGAAAAGGGGGUUAGGGUCCCGCCCUCGCUUUGGCCAACCGGUUACCGAGAGCGAACUAGGAAACCUGAAGAGCGAGAGAAGCAGAAAUAAGCAACCGCUACCAAAAAGAACCAUCGGCGUCAACGUUGAGGGCCCGCUGCGCUUUGCGAGCCCUGUGGAGCCAGACGGCGUGCUAGAGAGCGGGAACUUUACGCUGCCGGGAGGUUGUGACGAGUACAUAACCCCGGAUUGCAUCAGGGAGCUGUACGGUAUUCCGAGGGGAACCAAGAAGCACCCUGAUAAUAGGAUGGGGAUCUUCCAGUCGCUCGGACAGCACUACACCCAGUUCGACCUCGAUAACUUUUUCUGGAGCUUUACGAGCGAAAUCCCCAACGGCACGCACCCCGAACUCUUCUCCGUCGACGGCGGCGAAGGGCCCGCAACGAACCUCAACGGCGCUGGCUCGGAGGCAAACCUCGACUUCCAGAUGGCGUAUGGGCUGAUCUGGCCGCAGGAGCCCGUGCUCUUCCAGGUCGACGACGAGUACUACCAGAACCUGUACAGCAUGAACCCUGAGGCGUACACGGGGUUUUUCAACAACCUCUGGAACGCCAUCGACGGCUCCUACUGCACAUUCUCCGCCUUCAACGAAACCGGCAACUGCGCGCGCCCCGCGUGCCGCGACCCCGUGUACCCCAACCCGCACGACCGCGCCGGCUACAGCGGGCCCCUCAUGUGCGGCGCGUACCCCGCCCCCCACGUCCUCUCCAUCUCCUACUCCGGCUCCGAAGCCGACCUCCCCCCCUCCUACCAGCAGCGCCAGUGCGCCGAGAUCAUGAAACUGGGCCUGCAGGGCACCACCGUCGUCAUCUCGUCGGGCGACGACGGCGUGGGCGGCUUCCCCACCCAGGCGGCGCCGACGGGGUGCCUGGGCAAGGCCGGCGACGUGUUCAACCCGCAGUUCCUCGCGACGUGCCCGUACAUCCUGGCCGUUGGCGCGACGGUGCUGCAGGCGAACGCGACGCCCGGCGUCACCCCCGAGGAGGCGACCGAUCGCUUCAGCUCCGGGGGCGGGUUCUCGAAUAUCUACGCUGCUCCCGAGUGGCAGCGCGACGCUGUGGGAGCGUAUCUGGGCAAGGCGAACUUGACGUUCGAGGGGUACGAGGGCGGGGGUGGGAACUACAGUUUUGUGGAGGAGGGGAGGGGGAGGUUCAAUGUUAGGGGCAGGGCGUACCCGGAUGUCGCGGCGAACGGGGACCACUUUGUGAUUUCGAGCGGGGGCGAGCUGCUCAGGAUUGGGGGGACGUCGGCGUCGGCGCCGCUGUGGGGGGCGCUGAUUACGUUGGUGAAUGAGGAGAGGUUGGCUGUGGGUAAGGGGCCGGUGGGGUUUGUGCAGCCGGUCUUGUACUCGCACCCCGAGGUCUUCAAGGACGUUACCAAGGGGGAUAACCAGGCGUGCAAGACGAUGGGGUUCCCGGCUAUCAAGGGUUGGGAUCCUGUUACGGGCUUGGGUGUACCGGAUUAUCCUAAGCUUUUGGAGCUUUUCAUGAGCUUGCCGUAGGAAUUCCUAUGAGAGGGGAG